AGUACAACGCUUUUGCCGAGAAGGUGUAUCUGCGGUAUGGGAAGGAUUUUGUAAAGUUAACGGAGGGACGUACUAAGGUAUGGGUUGUAUUGAUUCUUGCGAUGGCGAAGGUGUAUUUUGGCAUUGUUUUGGUUUGCUCCUUAAGGUGUGAAGCUGAGACCUCAAGAAAUUAUCAGAGUUAAACUCGGAUACAGUGAUGAGGAUGUCAAGAAGCAACAGAAACGAGGAGGAGGAGGAGAAAGAAAGGCCAUACAAGAAGAACGUACUGACUUUUACUUCAUUCUUCACGGCUAGAACCAGGGUAGCUUCAAUUUUUUUUUUUUUUAAUUUUUCACUUAAUAUAUGAACCCUUUGGUCUCUGUCUUUAAAGAAACUCCAUAUCUCUUUUUCUUUUUCUUUCUCUGUAUUCUCUGUUCUAGCUUCUCAUCGAAUCCUCAUCCCCACCACACAAAAGGGGGAAAAAAAAAAAAGAAAACGAAAAAGAAAAUUUCUUCCCUGAACAAGCUCUAGGGGAUAGAUUUGAUGAAACUGUAUAUCCUUUGUGUAUAUUAUAAAUGAGAAGUGCUGACAAGUUUUGGUCUUUUUUUACUAUUCAAAAUAUAUUAUAUAAAUAUGAGUGGUAGGAAAUCGCUUUAACGCUUUCCCUUCCUCGACUCCGUGUGAGCUCCUCUUGGCCAUUGUCGAGCACAGUGAGCGUAUACUCGAAUCGGUAGCCCUGAUUAAAGAAGAAUAGCUCCAUAAAUCUCCUCUUAGAUUUUAUUGGAGAACAGAACAACAAUAGCAUAUUGACAAAUGAGCAAAAUUUGUAGAAUGGGGUAAUUGCUAUGGGUCUCAACAAAUGUACAAAUCGAUCGGUGCAAGAUAUGCAUCUGCAUAGAGGUAUUCUAAAGCAUUGGAUAUCCUUCAGGCAGGUGCAUGCAUUCAGCUGGAAAAUGGGCAGGAAAAAUGUCAUUUGAACAUAACUUCCGAUCACAAGGGAGCACAGUGCAUGAUGGUUACUGGUCUUCAUUAUCUAGGAACAAUUUCAGCUACAACAACAGGAAUAGAAGCAGGACAAAUAAUCAUAUGAGGGGAUUUAAUGGUUCUUAUGAAUACUCUGGCAGAUACAGGGAGCAUAUAAAUAAUUCAAAUUAUGUUAGACCUGAUAAUGGACCAUCUUGGAAGAGGAGAAAAUUUUCUGCUUCUACUUGGGGGGAUAGUGGGAGGCACUAUUAUCCACCCAAUGCAUAUGAAUAUGCACCUUCUACCUGCAAUGAUUCUAUCCCUCCUACCAGAAUUAAUGCCGAUGUGUCGACAUCGACUUCUUGUAAACGUGAUCGCUCCAAGUUGGAUGAUGAAGAGCCUGUUUUUCUGUCAAGGGAUGAGAUCGAGAGACACUCUCCAUCAAGGAAAGAUGGUAUUGAUUCAAUGCGUGAAACACAUUUGCGAUACUCGUAUUGUGCCUUCCUUCAGAAUCUUGGCUUGCGUCUUGAGCUGCCGCAAACAACCAUCGGCACUGCCAUGGUUCUCUGUCAUCGGUUCUUUGUUAGACGUUCACAUGCUUGCCAUGAUAGAUUUUUGAUUGCUACCGCUGCCCUUUUUCUUGCUUCAAAAUCAGAGGAGACCCCACGCCCUUUAAAUAAUAUGUUGAGAGCAUCUUGUGAAAUUUCCCACAAGCAGGAUAUGACCUUAUUGUCUUAUCUUCUCCCUAUUGACUGGUUUGAGCAGUAUAGGGAGCGGGUGAUCGAGGCUGAGCAAAUGAUACUAACUACUCUAAACUUUGAACUAAAUGUGCAGCAUCCAUAUGCGGCACUUACAUCGGUUCUUAAUAAAUUAGGUUUUUCACAAAGUAUUUUGGUGACCCUGGCGUUAAACUUGGUCAGCGAAGGGUACUUUUUGUUAAGUAGACUUGGACUCUGUAGCUGUGUCCUUUCAGAGUAGGUUUAAAGAGAAUUAGGAUUAUCACCAUGGGUGUUAGUUUCUCAACGGAAUGCAGAUUGUUGGGAUUUGGAUGUGGCUAGGCCUUGGAAGGAGCAAAUGCUGGUUUUCCUUCUUGUUUGUGUCAUUAACUUUGUGUUUUCUUCUUCAGAGCAACUACUAUGUGUGGUCAUUAUGGGAUAUUGAUUCUUUUGGCAUGCAUAUAAUUGCAGGAUCUACACAAGAUUAGCGUGCUGGCCUGUUUGAUAUUCUUAGCUGGCGGAUUGAUAUGCUGUUCUUGGAAAGUUAUUGUUUUUUGCAUCUGAAGUGAACUGCCGUUAUAUAGUGGAUAAUUUUACUAUCAAUUUAAUCCAUCAAGUUGAUUAUUGGCUAUUGAAAUAUAACCAAAAGACUUCAACUCAUUUUUCUGUUAUCUGACUUUUUUUGGUGUGCCUUUCUUUGUCAUAAACCUCUAGAGUUCUUUCAAGCAUCAAAUUUAUUGGCCAUGGCUGUCUGUGCAUUUGGUUUUGGAUUUUUGGGAAACCAUUCUCUAGGCAAGGGUGUUUUUUUUUUUUUUUUUUUUUUUUUUUUGAUAUAAUCUGUCCUUCCUAUGUUCAAACUAUUUUGUAGGAAACGCCUAUGAUUCUGCUGGCUAUGGAAUGUGGAACAUGGUAAUUAGUUAGGGGUAGCUUCUAGUUUAGCAAACGAUCUGGCUGAGUCAUAAAGUUUUUGGUGGUCAGAUUUGCCUUUGUCUCUGACUUUUUCUUUUUCUUUUUUAUUAUUAUUUUUUUCAUCUACUAUAAGUUCUAUGUCAAAACCGGAUGUACACUGGUUUUGCACUCCUGGACAUUUAAUGCUUUUUUUUAUUUUUUAUUUAUUUUUGGUAACAUCAGGGUUUUACUUUGAUUUCAGUUACAAGUUACAACCAAUUAGGCUAUUGUCAGCAUAAGUAUUGUACAUGGUGUUUCGAGUUUUGUCAUUGGAGUAUGGUGGACUCUGCUCAGUUGUGCUAUAUAAUAAUUUUUAUGAAAAAAAUUUCAGUUUUUGGUAAAGAUAAUGUAUGUGGUAGAAAGGUGAAUGAAAGCUUAGCCAGUGCUGUUACAGCAAAAUGGGAAGAGUUAGGAGGUGAAGUUUUGCAUAAUAGUAGAAAUUUAAAAAAGAGAAUUUUUUUUCUUAAUGCUAAAAUGAAAUAUUUAUUGAUUUCCUAUACGGCCAUCUUGAUUUGUCAGCCAAGCUUACUUUUUCUUAACAAGGAAAAUGGCAUGUCAAAGAGGAAAUUAAUAUACUUCUCCCAGAUAUUUGAUAUUCUCCAUAUUCUCAAAACCCUUAUUAUCAAUUUGGUUAUCCUGCUAUCACCACUACACCAUAUUUUGUACUGUUGCUAUUACUAUUGUUAUUACCAUUAUUGUUGCUAUAAAUAUCAUUGUCAU